ACCCCAAAAACUGAAUUGCUUUGAUGUUGGAGACCUUAAUGAGUACUAGUCUAAAGAUCAUCUAAACUGCAAAUAAGGUAAUGAUGAUUGAACAAUAAUUAUAAGAUUUGGGGUGUAUUUGUUGGUAGGUUAACUUUGAAAGGGAGUGAGGCUAGACGUUUAUCGCAUCUAGUAAUUUGUACCAUUUUUGUUAACCAAAAAAUUUACAAACUAGACUGUAGAAAAGACUACGACAACCCUAUUUUUAAUACCAAUAUGGUUGAAUUACUUGCGUUCAAUUGGCUACAUUUUAUCAUCAUGAAUAUGUAAUCGUUGAAAAUUUCCCAAGGGACCACACCGUAGGCAUGUCAAUUGAACGUAUGGUGCGUCAUGAACUUCAUGCUAAAGCAAUGUGCGAUUGGGACCAAACAGAGAACCACAUGAUCGAGUAUCUUUGUUUUAGUUACGGUGAAGUGCCACUGUCGGACCUCGUUUCUCUUUUGCUUUUGUUUUUCUGUUUGUUUCUUGUCUCUUUGAUCGCACCGAGCUUCAUUUCGACGUCACUAAUUCCCUUUUUAUUAUGUAAAAAAAAAACUUUUUGUCAAUUGAAUCUCUGGUUGGAUACAAUAGUAUAAUAUUGGCUUAUUACUAUAAUAUAUACGCACGCUCUAGCUCGUCUAAUUUAUAAUAUACAUUGUAUUGUUCAGAGAAUGUAGACAAGGACUUUAUCAGUUGUAGUAUGUACAAUAAACAAAGAACAUCAGUAUACAAUCAUGGAAUUAUCCUCCCACAGAAAACCGAUUAAAAAGAAAGUUAUUUCACAUGAUACGUCAGAAAAAGAAAAACAAUAGUCACUUCUGUUGAUCGAUAUCUUGAGAUACAUUCAUUGUACACAAAUACUGAUUAAAUAAUUCGACAUAACUAAUAUUAUUGAUAGCAAGAAAAACAAAUAAACACACUAUAAUUAAUACUUAUAUAGAAGCCGACGUCCCAGAAAAUGACAAAGAGGCAUGCAAAAUCGUGAUAUCCAGCAAGGUAUGUUAGACUCUUAUAGUCUUAUUCUCUUAUUGAUAUGUUCUUUUGUCCCCUCUUUUGUGUGAGUUAGUACUAUUUGUAUGAUUGUUCAUGUUCUCCAUUAUAGAUUCUCAAAAUCCUUAAAGCUUUUAUUUUUGUAAUAUGUAAUGAUUAAAUAAUGACAAAAGAAGAGAAUGAAUAAAAUUAAGGAAGGAUAGGUGAGUGAGAAGGUAUGAAAAAUGGGAGAUGCACACGAGGGUACAAUAUAAACCUAACAUAUAAACAUAGUUGGCUCCACAACGCAUCUCCUUUAGUCUAUUUUCACGUGUAUUCUCGUCCCCAAUUGAUUCCUUUUCUCAUUAUUAAAUUAAAAUUUUAUGAUAUAUAUUUAUAUGCAUGUAUGUAUUAGUGCAAUUGAUAUCAUCCAGAUCUAACCGGAUAGAAUACAUGUAGCUAACAAGAAAAAAUCGUUUGAUAUACGUUUCCAUACGACAUUUAUGAUUACGUUUUUCAUGUGUAUAAAAGCAUCAAUAUUUGGAUGUCAACCAAGUGAGUGAGCACAGUAUUAUGUUUUGUCCAAUUUAUUGUUAGGUGGAUUUUCACUUGAUAACAGUUUAUUAUCUAUUAGAUUCGGGGUAAUUAUGAAUUUCCAACUUAGAACCGAUUGGUGAUUAGUGUAUUGGCUCUAAACUUUUAUAUAUUACUUAAAGUCCAUUUGAAUUCCCAAUGUGAGAUACUUAUCCCUAAUACUCUUCUUCGAGAUGAUGACUUUUAUCCACCGGAAAUUUCGGAACUUUAAGUCAAUUAUACUCGAUCGAACGAGUUUAAUACGACCUUUAUAUCUGGUUGGAAGCGUUAAGCAUGACCUUUCUACCCGGUCGAAAUGUUUAUAUUAAUUAGGAGUUUAGGAUUUAGGAUCUGAGCUCUGAUACCAUGUUAAAUUCGAGUUUAAUUAUGAGCUUCCAACUUAAAAUCAAUUGGUGAUUAGUGAAUUGAUCCUAACCCUUUAUAUAUUAUUUAAAGCCUCUUUGAAUUUUCGAUGUGAGAUACCUAUCCCUAAUAUUAUCUCUGCAGAAUCCCGAUAACAAAACGAAAACUUAAAAUGGAAACUUGGCAGAUAUUCAGUUCAUUUAUAUGACUUUCACAUUACUACAUUCACUCUCAAUGGCAUCUAGAGAUCUUCCUUCAUCUUCACAUAUCUUAAUUAUAGCCUAUGGUCUUGUAUAAUGAGAAUUUACUUUUUUUUUUUAUCGAGACAGUAUAAGACAGGAGGUAAGUACAUAUGAUCCCAGCACAUAUGAUCUCCAAACAUCACAUUCAUAUAUAAUUAAAACAAUUACUAGAUUUUGAUUCUCGCAACCGCGCAUGUGCUUUUUCAAAUUUAAUUGAGAAAAUUGUAAGUUAUGUCAGCUGCGUAUUUAGGUUUUGGAGGUGAAACAAUCAAAUUGAUAUGUUUGAUAAGUAACUUGUAAGUUGAUAAUUCUAUACAAAGCGAAAAAUCUCUAGUGUUUUUGUUUGUAGAACAUAUUCACUUUGUUUUUAAUGACGUUUUAGAGAAUUCUUUUCACUCCAAAUUAGAUGAUAUUUUCAAUUUUCAAUGAAAAUUUAUUUAUUUUUUAUUUUAUAUAAUUUUAUAUUCUCCAGUUAGUUUUUUUAUUGAUUGAAUUAUGAUUAGGUGAAUUUGAAAAUUAUUGUUUUUCUUUAAUUGGUGUGAAACAAUCUAAAUAUCAAGUGAAAAAUUGAAAAUAAUGUCAUUUAGUUGAUUAUAUAUAUUAUUACAUCUAUAUUUGUAUAUACAUUUGUUUCACAGACAAAAAUAUGCUAUAUGUUUUUCUAUUAUAUAGAUUACAAUUUAUUUUAUAUAUCAAAUUAUUUUUCAAUUUAGAUUUAACGUUUGAACAACAUUCUAGAGAGAGCUUGACGACGUUUUAGCAUAGCGUUGUAAACUCUAGAUAUUAUUUCAGCUGAUAAUUGAUUAGUUUUAACACUAAUAUAAAGGUAUAAAAACAUGGUAUUCAUUACUUUUUUAAUCAUCAAAGUAUUUAAUAAAAUCUAUUUUUUAUGUAAUUUUAAUAUAAUUUUGACUAUUUAUUUUCAAGUAUUUAUAGUUUUUGUAAACUAUACUAAAAAUGAGAUAUAAGUGAUUUUUAAGAUUUUACGAUUUCGUAAUUGUGUGGUUAGUUCAAUUUUAAAAAGUAAAAUAUUUUUAGAAAUUUUUAGAUCUUUUUGUUAUAAAUGUUAUGUAAAUAAUAUUUUUGUGAUUUACAAAUAUACUAUUGGUAAAAUAAAUAAAUUUUAAAACCACGAUAUAAAAUACGUCUAAUAGAUUAUAAAUAUUAAAUAUAUUUUAAAUUUUGUUAUAUGAUUAUAAACAAUUAUAUUAUAUGUUUUAGAAUGGUAUUAAUUUGAUAAAGAUUGUUAAUUAUAUUAAAGAACAAUCAUAUGUUAUUAUCUUGUGAUACAUUUUUGUAAUCAUCAAAGUAUUAUAUGAUUAUAAAAAAUUAUGUUAUAUGUUUUAGAAUGGUAUUAAUUUGAUAAAGAUAGCUAGUUAUAUUAAAGAACAAUCAUAUGUUGUGAUACUUUUUUGUAAUCAUCAAAGUAAUAGCAAUAAUCAUAUGUUAUGGCUGCAUAAUAUAAUGCUAAAAAUAGUAUACACGAUCAUAUGUAUAUAUAAUCAUAUAUUAUGAUUGCAUAACGUAUGAUUUUUUUUAAUGACAUGACCUAAAAAAUAGUUAAUGGUCUAAAAAAUAAUUAAUAAUGUUGUUAAUAAUUAUUAGAUUAAAGGGUUAAAAUAUUUUUUUUAUAAAUCAGUUGGUAUAUUUAAUUAUAUUUAAUUGAUUGAUACAGAUUUUUGAAUUUAGCAUAUAUUAAUAGUGAAAUUUUUUGAGACUCUCCUUAAAAAUAGUAUAUUGUUGAUUUUGUUAAGAUAUUAAUAAUAUAUAUUUGUGAUUAUAAUUAUUAUAAAAAUGAAUAAUAUGAUAAUUAAAUGUGAUGAUUUUCUAAGAAAUGAUUUAAAAUGAAAUAUCACAUAUGAAAGAAGUCAUAACUUAUGUUUUAAUAGAUAAGAUAUAUAGAGAUGAGAUUUCAUGUGCUUUUCAAAGAUCCAAUAAUUUCUCCUACUAACAAUAAUCAAAUUACAUAAUGUUUACCGCUAUAUAUGCAAAAUGGCUUAGAUUUGAAAAUAUUAUAUGAACACAAAAUGAAAAUUACCUCUCACAAUCUUUUGUCUGACUUGAGAGUGUCUAGGUGACGCAGUCUCUGGGAAAGUAAUAGUUGAAUUUCUCAUCUCCAAGCUUAAAGCAUGAUUAAUGAGGGAGUUUUAGGGUGAAGUUCUUAGCAGAAUAUAAGAAACCGUCUUUUAACUUUUGAAUAAAAAGCGCUAAAAAGCGGCUCCUAAAUCAGAUAUUUAAGAGCUGAUUUUUAGCUAUUUUAGUUAAAAGUAAAAAGACGGUUUCUUAUAUUCCGUUAAGAAUCCCACUCUAAGAGCAUCAUUAUCCAGGGUAUCUUAGGACUACUAUUUUAAAAAACAGUUUCUUAACUUUUUAAUUAAAAAUUAAGAAACAGUUUCUUAUAUUUUCUUACGAACCACGAUCUAAGAAACCCUGGAUAAUGAUGCUCUAAAAACCCCCAUUAAUUAUGCUCGCUUCUACAUGAGGGCUUUCUAGUUCUUACAUAUGUCCGACUAAUAUCAUUAUAGGCCCACAAAUAUUUUUAAACUCUAUUAUUAUUAUUAUUAUUAAUUUUUAAAAUUUUCAUGAUUAUUAAAAUUAUUUUUAAAACAAAGUGUUGAUUUACAUGUUUUUAUUAAUAUAUUUUAUAUUAUCACAUUUAUAACACUAUCUAAAUUUAAAUCUAAUUCAUGAAUAUUAAUAGAAACAAAAAAAACAAGAAAAUGGAGUGGGUCCAGGCGGUCGCACUGACCGCCCAUAACCGGCGCUGUUCCUACAUAAAUUGCAUUUCAUGAGUUUUCAGAGUUGCAAUUACACUGCUGCUAUCCAGGAAUUCAGAGCAAUAUAUGUAAGAGAGAGACUAUGAGUCAACUAGUUUGCUACGGCUACGUAAUAGUAUUCCCAACACAGUCAGUAGUAUACUAGUAUCUUAUCAUCUCUCAUAUACCAUCACGUCCUAUUUACAUCUACGUAUUAGAGUAUGCAUAGUUGGUUUAUGGUUUGGUUAGUUAGAACCGGUAUAAACCGGAUAGCUUAUGUUGUAUAUAAACAUUUUGUACAUGUCAUUUACAAUUAACAGAAACAUUAUUCAUUUUCUUAUCUUGAGUUCAUCUUCUUCUCUCUCAAGAGAGUGUGAGCUCUGAUCGUUUCUGUUCAACUUCAGUUCCUCUAAUACUACGAUAAAUGAUUUUUGAAUCUCAAUCACAUUACGAACAUGGAGCUGUGUCUCACAAUGUGUGAAACAAUGUCAUGUUCAGUCAGUUAUGUUUGAUGUAAGAAAAUACUAGUAAUACGUACAUAAUGUGUGUAGUUGAUAGAGAGGAUAAUUAAGGAGGAAGGAGAUGGAUGUACCUGAGGCCCAAAUGUAGAAUGAGAUGCUUCAUCAGAUUUUGGUCAUGUGGAUGCAUCACGGUCUUAACAGUUUCCGUUUAUUUUGUGAAGUUCGGCUCUUACUAAAGGAUCACUAUCACUGGCUAUCUUGUUCUUCUAUACGACCAGAAAGUUAUAGUCUUGUUAAUCAGUCUUUCCUUCUGGUUUCUCUAAUGAAUAUUUGAACAAAUAUGCACUAUAUUUUAAGCAAAAAAACAAAACAAAUAUGCACUAUAUUCUCCAAGAAGCAAAUGACAAAGAUCUCUCUUGGCCAAAGUUUUUAACCCCGUGGCCCUUGCACGAAGAUCUCUCUUGGCAGUGGGAAUUUGAAGAACCUGAGUCCAAUUAAGUUCUAGAAGGCUAAGAAAGUAUUCUUAAGGUUUCUUUUCAGUGGCUGAAUUAAAUGUUCACUAUGUAACCAACACUACAACUUGUAGACAUGAUAUGAGUGAUCUUGAUGAAGUUGCCUUUCUUCCUAGUUCCUAUGUCACUAACCUGUUGCAGCUGUCACUUGGGAUUUGAUGAGGUGACCUUUCGUCCUAAAACAUUCAGCAACAAAAGAGUACACCGAGGUAUAUAUCUUUCUUCCCAAGCUCUUUCGCCGCUUGUCAUACAUAUACAUAUAUAUCUGAUUGUGUUACAACGUUUCCACACCGUAUGCUGUUGAAGAAUAGAUACAUAAGGAGGUGAGUCUGCUUUUUUUUAUCACAGAAGUGGCAUUGAUUGAAAGAGAAAGUAUGAAUUAUGAAAGGAUAACAAUAUGCUACAUAACAUGUUACCUGCAUUUGAGAGUCUUGCUAUUUCAGCUUUAACAUUGCUAAUAAAUUUGUCUUUGUUCGUGACAUAUAGGUUGAACGUACUUGAGGCGGUCCUUAAGAAUCUGUGCAAGCUUCUCUUCUCUUUCUUUUCUUCUCAACAACCUGAAACCAAAAGCAAUCUAACAUGGUUAGCAAAUAAGAAUAAAAGGGUGAAUAUGUACUCUAUGUCCAAGUGACAUGUCAAGCACAAUUCUUUUAUCCCUUCUAAUAAUCUAAACAACUGUCUCUCAUGAACAGAUUUUUAACCUUCUCAACAGAGUGUGAAAAGAGUUAACAAAAUUUAGAAAUGUUUCUCAUGUUUCAUGGUUGAUGUAUGUCAGUAAGGGAAGGUAAUUAAAGGAUUUUCAUUAAGCAGGACAUAUUGAUAGAUGAUAAGUUCACCCUCAUUUUUUCUAUGAUCAUUUUAGUAUCAAUCUGAUCCCUUUCAGAGAGGAUAUCAAGUGAAAAGAAACGGCAACGGAUUACCCUUAUAUAUACUUUUCAAAUUACGUUUGUAUGAUCACAUGUUUUAGACAUUCAUAUAUCUGAAGAGUCCAGGUUCACAUUAAUUAUUUUGAAUUUACGUUAUGAAGAAUUGCAAACUGUAGUACUCUUUGUAUUUUGCGCUUUAACCACAUUGAUUAUCUAAAAGAAAAUGGGUUUUUAGUAAUUAAACCCCUCAACUAAAGAUGAAUCGUAAAAUAAACCCUCAACUAAAAAUCUUGUGAAAUAAACACUCAACUUCAAUUCCGUUAACAUAUGUUACCCUCCCUCUAAAAAACCGUGACGGAGGGUGACAUACGUUAACGGUUUGUAAGUUGAGGGUUUAUAAUGUUGAAAACUUAGUUGAGGGGUUUUUUUACGAUUGAAAAAUAGUUGAGGGGUUUUUUCACUAAAAGUCUUUAAAAUUUUAAAAUCUUUAUUAUCAUUUAUAUAUUGUUUUAGAUUGAUUUAUAAGUCUUUAAAACUAAUUUAUAAAUUUUAAUACAUUACUUUAUAACCGAUUUAUAAAACUUCAUAAACAUUUUAAUACUUUUACAUAUGAUUAAUACGGUUUCACAAUUAUUUUAUAAGUUUUUAUAGAUUCUGCUACUUUUUAGGAUAAAAUAAUCUAACGUUAUUCGUGAUACUAGAUAAACAUAUAUUGCAAUACAAUAAUAAUAUAUCAAAUAUAUUUCUAUUGAUCAAGAAAACAAAUAAAAAUAUAAUGUAUUGGAAUAAAAAUAAUCAUACAUUAUUUUUUGGGAUAGUGGGAAAAUAUGAGCCAGAUGACGGAAAUCAUGAAAAUAAGAAAAAGUGUGUACUAACUCUAAAUAGAAAGAUUGACUUCGUGGAUGAAUUAUCCUCCACAAUUUUUAAGAUUUAAUAUAACUUAGAAAAAUUAAAUUAUUUGAUAGUUGUUGACAAUGACAAUACAAACACACAAAUUUCUUAUAUCACUAUUGCCAAAUAUCAAAUAAUUUAAUAUUUUGAAGUUAUAUUAAGCUGUAAGUAGUGUUUAAAAUUAUUAAUUUAGGAUGUAUAAAUUAAUUUUAUAAUAAAGUUAUGUAUUAAAAUUUAUAAAUUAGUUUUAAAGGCUUAUAAAUCAAACUAAAACAAUAUAUAAAUGAUAAUAAAGAUUUUAAAAUAAUUAAUGACUUUUAGUGAAAAAACUCCUCAACUAUUUUUGAAUCGUAAAAAAAACCCUCAACUAAAUUUUUAACAUUAUAAACCCCCAACUUAUAAACUGUUAACGUAUGUCACCCUCCGUCACGGUUUUUUAGACGGAGGGUAACAUAUGUUAACGGAAUUAAAGUUGAGGGUUUAUUUCACAUAAUUUUUAGUUGGGAGUUUUAUUUAUGAUUCAUCUUUAGUUGAGCGGUUUAAUUACUAAAAACCCAAAGAAAAUUUAUAAACAUGAAGUCCAUGAAAAGAAACGGCAACGGAUUUUUGGGGGUUUGGCCGAAGCUCGCGUUUUGUCACGUAGUACUUGUCGUUUUAGCAUAUGCAUAAAGCUAAACACAAAUACGACGAGACGUGUGAACAAAAGGCUGUGCCGUCCGUAUGGUUCUAAUACAAAUUAGAAAAGCUGGACCAUGCUCGUCUCAUUUGUUUAUACCGAUUUGCUCUAUUCAUUUUCUUGAAACACUGCGAAUUAAAAUUAGUGAAUUUAAUUAUCUUACAUAAGGAACACAUCUCAAGCAAAGACAAAUCUCUUAAGGUUAAGUUUGUUGUUUUGUUUGUUUUUGAACAGAAUUUUGGAUUUUGGAACAGUUAUGUUUGGAGUUUAUUCGUUUUGAUCAAUACUUCUGUUUAACUAUUUUUACAUAUGUUAAUGCGACUAAGAUGAUGAUCGCAUGCAAGAAAUUUCAAGAAAUAAGGAGGAACGAAAGGCAUUUAAUAUUUCAAAUUAUCUUAACAAAAUAUAAUAUUGUCAUUGAUGGCUCCUAUGACCUAAGAUAUGCGUUUAAUUAAUUGCCUCCAGCCCAUGAAGUUGUGUCGAGAGUCCACAAGUAAAUUGGCUACAUUUCCUUCUGUUUUGGUUUGAUAAAAGAGAGAAAAGUUUCUAAUAACAAAAAAAAAUUGUAGAAGAUAAUUAUAAAAUCAAAGGGAAAUUAGGGAUCAUCAGAAACAUGUUGGGGUUAAAUCACAGGCUUAAUGAUUUAAGAAUCACAAUUACCAUCAUUAUCUAGUUAUAUAAUUCUCUCUUUAUUGCUUUUACUCUUUGUUAUUUAUAUGCCUCUUUAUAGUUGUAAGUUUUUUUUUGAUGGUUCACACUCUUUUGUCAGAUUUCUAUCGGUACAGCAUUAUUUCCCGUGAUAAAAAUGAUGGCACCUUUAUUUCUUAAACCAUUUACUAUAGUUGCUUAUUUGCUUACAGAGAAACCUCUCUUUCUAUAGAUCAGCUGUCUUCCAAUCUUAUUCUUGAACUAAUAAACCAUGAGAUUUAUACCUCUCUUCUAUAAAUUUACUUCUUCCAAUCUUAUUCUUGAACUAAUAAACCAUGAGCAGUGUUAGUUUGGUUCAAACAAGAGAUUAAUCAAUCUGAUCUAGAUAUGUAAGAAUACUGUUUUAUAUUAAUUUCUUGAAGCAUACAAGAUAGAAGAAAAGUGUAAGAGUCUAGUUAAACAAAUCCAAGAAAGAAAAGUAGUUAUAGACUUAAACUAGUCAAAAUGUUUUUUUUAUAUGCAAACUUGUACCUGGUACUCAUAAUUCAAACUCAAAUAAUUUCAUUUUCAUUGUUAAUUCAGUAUAGUUAUGGAAAAAUUUAACAAAUAAAAAAACACUCCUCAAAAUUCUCAAUCUUCUCCAUUUAUUCAACACAGACACAUAAAAGUAAAACAGACAGACACUCACUCCACACUUUUCAAAAUACUCUUCUCUUUCUUUCAUCUCUUCUCCCUAAGCUCCAUAGGCACACUAACCUCUCUUUUGACCUACUGCGAGUGAGAGAGAAGCAUGCAAAUAUAAAAAGGAAGGCAUCAUUGAAGCUCUUUACCUCUUUAUUUCACAAUCUCUUAACCUAGGCUUCUCCCCAUUUCAAGCAAAAAAAUGGUUUCAUAUCAGAAACAUCUCUCUUCCUCCUCCUUAAUGCUGGUCUUCUUCUUCUGCUUCCUCUCUCUCUUCUCCCGUCCUUCUCUCUCCGCCACGUUUCUCGUGGAUGGUGUCUCUGUCUGGAAAACUCCCGUUGUCCAUGUCGGCGACUCCGUUAUUUUCAGACACAAGUACGGAUACGAUCUCUACAUCUUCAGGACUAAAGAUGCAUUCAGUGUCUGCAACUUCACUCAAGCCACUCUUCUUACAAAACAUAACUCCACCUCCUUCACGUGGCACCCAUCUAGAACAGGCUCUUACUACUUUUCUUUCAAGAACAACACAUCUCAUCUCAAGACCUGCCAACUCAACCAGAAGCUCUCAGUCCAAGUCAUCCUAGCCAAUGCAUCUCCACCGUCACAACCACCAACACCAGCUGUCGCUCCUGUUCCUGUCUCGGAAGGAGGAGUGGUCUCAUCAUCUCCUUCUUACCCAUGGCCAUUAGGUCCAAGAGAAGGUUCAGCUAUCUCUCCGGGACCAUCUCCGUCAGAGAUCACGUCGGUGUCGGUACCAGGAGACGGAGUUCCGUUCAUCAACAGUAAUCCGGCUGUGCCACUUCCCACCGGAGAUGUCGACUCUACUUCCAUUAACCCUUUGCCCACCACUUCCAAAAAUUCAGCACGUCAGGUGAUGAUGAUGACAGUAAAGCUGAAGCUAGUUUUGUCUUGUGUAGCCAUGUUUCUUCUACUCUAGAGAGAGAAGAAGGUUUUCUAUAGCAGUAGCUUUACAAGGGAGGAAUGAUUACGUUUUCUGAUCUUAAUUGCUAAUUACAACUUAAGGUUAAUCUUGUAAUCAUGCAUUCUCCCUUUUGCUCUUAUGGUUAGGUGGUCUCUUGUGAGAAUCUUAGGGAGAUGUGCUAUAAAUCAAUGUUGUUUGUUUCUUUCUAAUCUCUUUGUGGUCUCCACUAGCUACUCACUCAAAUGUCUCAGAUUUCUUUUCAGAAUGUAUAGCUUGCUUUAGUCGACCUGCACUA